CUACAACAAUGGCUAGAAAAAAAUCCAGAAGCAAUUCUGCUAAAAAUCAAGCUAAAAUCGACCAACCUAUAGACGAACGAGCAAAGGUGGACGCCAUUCAAACAUACGACGAUGUUGCGGAUUCUGAAGAUGAAUUUUACAAGUCGCAAGACAAAAUUCUCUUCGAUGGCGACUCAAAUAGGAAGGCAGAUGAAGAUCAAAUGAGUCUUAGUGAUGAGGAAGUGCUUGGUUUAGAAGGAUCCAGUGACGAAGAGAACGAGCAAGAUGUCGAGGGCGCGACUUCUGAUGAAGAAGAAUUAACGGGUCAAAAGAAGGGACCCGUUGAUGAAGAAGAAGCUUUUGAUGAGAAGGGUUGGGGACGUUCAGCUAAAUCUUAUUAUGGAGGUGAUGACUACGACAAUGAAAAUUAUGAUGAAGAUGAUGAAGAGUUUGAUGCUCGUAUGGAGGAACAAGAAGCGCUUCGUCUUCAGAGGAAGCGUCUUGAAAAAUUGACUGAAGAAGACGCCGUUGAUGAUAUUAGUCAAUGGGCCGAUAAGUCAAAGAUUGAUUCUUCUCAAUAUGAGGACGGUUUAGCUACAAUUGAACAACUUGACCAAAAAAUAUCCCCAGACAUGCCCCGGUCAGAGUUGCUUAAGAUUCUACGUACCAAGAACCCUGAAUUUGAGCUCUUCAUGGAAGAAUACAAAGACCUUAAGCCUUCGUACAAAGAAAUAAAAGAAAAAUUAGAAAGUACACCCACAGCUCUCCUUCAAGCUCAAGUCAAUGCUUUGGGUGCCUAUAUAGCUUUUCUUACAUUCUAUUUCGCUCUUUUGCGUGGUGGUGAAGAGGACAUAAAAAAUCAUCCAAUUAUGACGGAUCUUAUUCGCUGCAAGCAAACUUGGGAAUCCUUCCGCGAUCUUGAUGAUGUUCAAAUAUCCAAGCAUGAACCUCAAGGAGAAGAAGCAACGAACGACCGCUUGGAAGACCCAGCAUCAGAAGCUUCUGAAGAAAACGAAGAGGAUGACAAUCUAUCAGACAUGCAGGAUUCUGCGGAAGAAUUAGACGAUGAAGAGCUGGUUGAUGGUGGAAGAGAAGCUUAUAAAGUUGAUGAAGAAAAGGAAGACGAUGAAGAAGACGACAUUACAUCGAAGUUCCGAGAAGCAAAGGCCAAAGGUGUUCAAAAGGCUCUCCACAAUGUCGAUGACUAUGGCGAAAGUCUUAUGCUCGAUUCCAUGGAUGCAGAGGAGAAGGCUGCAAAACGACGUUCUCUUAGAUUUUACGCAAACCAAAUUGACCAGAAAGCAGCUAAGCGAUCCAGAGCUCAAACAGAUCUUUCUGGUGACACGGAUGUGCCUUAUAAGGAACGUCUUUAUGAGCGUCGUCAACGUUUGUUACGAGAAGCUGCUGCACGUGGACAAGAUCAGGCUCAAGGUGCUGAUUUGGAUGAGGAAGAUCCUGAGAACGAAGGUCUCCUUGCGAACAAGGACCGAGAAGUUGAUUUUGCAGACCAAGAUGCUUUAGAAUAUUAUAACGCUGUAUCCUCAAAAUCUAAGAGUGAGAAACGUAAGAGAAAAGAAGAUCAUAACUACGAGCGUGAUUUGGUACGGGCCUCUAGACAUCCUGAACUCUUUGAACUUGGUGAAGGAGAUAAGCGUGGAAUUACUAGGGACAUUGCCACAAACAGAGGUCUUACUCCUCAUAGACCGAAAGAAAACAGAAAUCCUCGUCUUAAGAAACGUAUGCGUUACGAGAAAGCGAAGAAGAAGCUUGGUAGUAAAAAGGCUAUCUAUAAAGGUCCUCCCAAGCACGGUUAUGGUGGUGAAGAAACUGGUAUCAAGGCAGGCCUUGUUAAAAGUAUUAAAUUUCAAUAGGUUUAAUUUGAUUUUUGGAAAAAUUCAGUGUUUGGUUAAGGUUGGUUUUUGGGACAGUCUGAGUUAUACUUAAUUGGAUUAAACAGUCUUUACGUUGGUAUAACUUCUUUUUUGAUACAUGUUGCAUAUAUCUGGGUAAUUAAUAAUAAUCAUCUUACACCCGUCAUAAACAA